AUGAAGCUCCCUUUCCCCUCCCCUCACAAAAUGGCAAAAGAUUUCAGUGCUGCUCUGUAUCAAUUCAUGAUUGAUGAAAGCACCGAAUCUUGUAAAAAUAAAAAGAUUAGGCUUCACUUAACUGUUCAGAAAGAACCUUGCUUCACAGCUUAUGGCUUUUUUGAUCUUGACUUCACUUUAUUACAUUCUAUAAUUGCUGCAGCUACGACAUACUUGGUUAUUUUGAUUCAGUUUUCACAAACCACUACCAGCUAUCCAAAACAAGCACGGCUUAACUCAACAUCCGCUAUCAAUUCAAGCUAUUCAAACUAUACUGAGUAGUUCUAGUUAAUCAUUAUUGUAGUGUCUAUAAGCAAUGUGAAUUAAAUCCCAAUAAUUAAGAAUCAUGUAUACAGAAAACUGUAAUUUUGAAGAAUUACUGAUCCUAACAGUUUCAAAGGUUUUUAUUUUAUGGCAAUCCUUCAUAUAACAUUAUUUUGGUUAAAAAAAAAAAAAUUGAUUUUGAAGAAUAAUUAAAAAACAAACGUUUAAUUAAAUAAAUUGAGCUAUUUUGUGAGAGUAUAA